ACUACACUCAUCAAUCACAAAACAAACAAAACCAGAAAAAGUAAAGAGCCCCACCACCGCAAUUUUCCAACUGAGAGAGAGAGAGAGAGAGAGAGAGAGAGAGAGAGACCAUUUUCAUUUCCAGCCACUGAGCUGGCUUUUUGAGUCUGAGUUUUUUUUUUUUUUUUUUUUUGCCCUUUCUUUUUUAACUCACCGAGUCACUGAAAAGCCAUGAAAGCUUUAACCAGUCCUGCUUCUGGGUUCUUCGUCGAACCUUUAUGCGGUGAGAGACAGCGUCGUGAUGGUUUCGUUAACUGGCCCGGUGAAACUUGGUUUGUACGGUCUCAGAAAGUUUCUGGUUUUGGGUUCUUGAAUUUGGUGCUUGUUAAGCACAGAAAAGCUAUCUCUCCGAUUGCUUGUCUCCCGGUUAAUGCUCAGGAAGGCUCGGAGAUUGCGGAUACUCAAAUUCAAGAAAGAUAUGAAUCAAAAACAGUUCAUGUCAAAUUCCAGUUGCAGAAAGAAUGCAUGUUUGGUGAGCACUUUCUCAUGGUGGGGGAUGAUCCUAUGUUCGGUUUGUGGGACCCAGAAAGUGCAAUACCGUUGGACUGGUCAGAAGGGCAUAUUUGGACUGUCGAGCUGGAUAUACCUGUUGGAAAGUCGAUCCAGUUCAAGUUCUUACUUAAAGGAAAGACUGGGAAUAUUACUUGGCAGCCUGGUCCAGAUCGAAUUUUUCAAACCUGGGAAACUAUAAAGAUGAUCACUGUUUCUGAAAAUUGGGAGAAUGCUGAAUCUCAGAAAAUAACAGAGGAAGAGCGACUUUCUAUACAAAAUGAGGAUAACACAGAAAUGAUGGGUGUUGCUGAGAACUUGGCUCAUCUAGAAGAACAAAUGAUGUUGAAUGUAAAGAACCAAUCGGCCAUUGCCAAUUCUGAUGCAAUUUCAGCAGAUAUACCAAUGGUGGAACCGCACAAGGAACAGAUGAUUGCUGAUAACAUUGCCACUUCUCAAGAGAAUAGAGAAUCUAUUGUUGCAGACAACAUAAGUUACCCACAGCAGGACCCCUUAAAGAAUGCAAGUACAGAAGUACAUAAUGAUGGGAGAAUUACUUUCACAGCUGAGAAUUCCACAAUUAUCUCCAACGAUGACAUAAUAGUUGGGGAGAGCAUUUUAGGAAACAAUGGUAGAGCUGCAACGGUCAAGGACCUGGAAAGCACAGACAUUGAGGGAAACCUGAUUAACUAUGAUGGAAGUCCCGUUCUGGUACCUGGAUUGACCAUAUCAUCAGCUGUGCCAACUGAAGAUGCAAACCAAGAUGGAGUCGAGAGCAGGAUUGCCUUUGAUGGUUCAGUUGGAGCCUUUGAAGCUAAGGAUCAUAAUGUGCCAGAGACCCAACCCAAUGAAAACCAGCUAGAUGAGGAGCAAGAACCAAUCGAUGACCCACCAGAAGAAGAAACAUCUGAUGAGGUUUUCAUCAGUGAGGAAGCAAAGCUUGUGAGUGAACUGGAAGAAAAGCCUCAGUUGGAUAGAAAGGAAGAGCCAUCUCCAUUAAGGCCAGUAGACAAUAUUUUCAUGGAAAUGGACGUCCCAUGGGGUCGUAAAACCCUGCAGAAUCUUCUCACCAAGUUAGGGCUGCUCUAGUCAAUUUUUUUUUUUUUUUCUUUUUUCCCACAUCUGGGGAGAAAUAUCUGAAACUUUGUACCCAAUCCAGUGAAACGUACUGUUUGUUGCCCAAAUUUUUCUAUUGACCCAGCAAACAGGACGAGAGUGAGGCAAUCAUGAUAUCUGUUUUUUUUUAUGUACAUAUCGAUGUUUGUAGCUUCGACUUAGUGUUGUUUUAGUCUAUACAGCUAUUCUGUGGGAGUGCUGAGGUUAUUUGUUUUCUAAGUGGAAUAGAAUAAUAACUAUGUACUUCUUUAUAGACAUAAGACUAAUGUUGAUAUGAGAAUUUGUUUUAGUCAAAAAAACUAAUGUUGAUAUGAGAA